UCAAAAAAAUAAAUAAAAAUAAUAGUAGUAAUAAUCAGUCGAGCCGUAUAAAAUUCCGAAGCGUCUCUUGACACAAAUUUGCGGCAACCAAAAUGCGGACGUGGCAGUUGUACUCCUCCGGGAAUGAUUUCCGAUGGAAAGUGUCGGAUGGAGAGAGCGUAAUUGAACAAAGGAGUUUGGCCGUAGCUCCUCAGCAGCAGAAGCUCCAAUCGAUGCCCGAUCUCUUACGUCAAGGACUGGCGGCGACCAAUACCGAUGCCAAAUUUCCAGUUUUUCCAACUGGAUCAGCCAAACCUGUGCCAGUCAAGCAGUCUUCCAUAUCCACACCUCUUACCAUCCUUGCUGAACACAAGGCUCUUUUCGACUCAGGACAAGGUACUGGAAGAGAAAAUGGUUUUGGCUUUCGGGAAGCUGUGUUCAAGAAAGACUCAGGGAAAGCUCGUCUUAAUAGAGCCAAGGCAUUGUUGGGCUUGGAAGAAAAUGGUGACCAUGAAACAUUUCCAGGUUCGGAAAAGAAGAAUAGAUCUUCAGACGAGCUCUUUGGUUUUCGAAAUUCAUUUCCUUUUGCGGCAGCAGAGGGCAUUGCUAGCAUAGGGUCUACUAAUGUUUCAGCAGCUUCAUUGUCUUCGUCUGACGUUAAAUUUAACUCCUCAGUUUAUCCAACAAAGGAGAUUACAGCAGAUAAACCUCCCCCAAUAAAGUUUCAUACUGCCGGUGGUAGAUCAAUAUCAGUUUCCUGUGAGGCAUUGAAACGUGCAAGGAGUUUGCUUGGAGAUCUAGAGCUUGUAGAUGAAAAGGAUGUCGCUGAUCCAUUGUUUUCUUUUUCAAAGGACCAAAAAUCUGUUGAUCAGGCCUCCACCAAAGAUCUGAACUAUGAUACUCCUGUUUCCCUCUUAUCAGCAGCGAAAGGCAGUGGGUCCUCAAGCCUUUUUACAACGCCAUUGAGAUCAACUUUGUGUCAUAAGAAGUCCUCAAUUAAAUCAGAGAAUCUCAUUCCGGCUAGUAACUUGAUAAAGGAAUUUGAUGCUGUGGCAAAAGAAAGCACGAAUAGGCUGCUGGACCAUAGUAUUUCACUGCAUGGAGAGCCAUUCAAUAAGAACUCAGCAACUAUGGACCUUAGAGAAAAUGUUAUUGCAUCAAAACCUAAAUUGCUAGAAAGGCCUUCCAGGGGUCCUUUAGUGGAAAUCUCAAAUAACAUUGGAGCAGGUUUUGCAGAUAGAAACCAGAACUUUAGUCGUAAGAGGAAACCUGGGGGAAGUUUUGUUUCUCCAUUCAAGAAGCCUCGAAGCACCAACGUCGUCACCCCUCUCAAAAGAAAUGAUGCCGGUGCUGCUAAUGGGUUCUCAAAUUUAGCACCAAAAUUAUCCCCUCAAAAAGGAAAGGUUUCAGUUCGAUAUCCAUUCCAUGUGGCACGAUCAUAUAUGAAGGAGUAUCUUGGAAAGCCCUCAUCAAUCCUGAGCAAGCUAGAGAGUGUGCCAGAUGACGUAAGAAGGAUGAAUCCAGCUACUGCUGAGACUUAUGUGUUCAGUGAUGAAUCUUGCUCAGGUUGCAUUGGAGUAGAAUCUUUUUUGGAGAUGCUGUCUCUAUCAGGAGCUUCUAUGCAAUAUAUUUCUAAAAAGUGGGUUACAAAUCACUAUAAGUGGAUUGUUUGGAAACUUGCAUCUUACGAGAGGUGUUACAGUGACAAAUUUUCUGGGAAACUUCUGAAAAUCUGCAAUGUACUUGAAGAAUUAAAAUAUAGAUAUGAAAGAGAAGUAAA